UGACGUGUUAAUGAGGUUUUCCAAGCUAUUCUCCCAUGAGUUUGCGGAGACAAAUAUUUCUGAAACUUUGUUUAUUCUAAUACUUUAGUAAUACGAAAUAUUGGAGACAGUAGUAGAGAUGAUUUGCUUCGGAUGUCACAUUCAAGUGAAAUCUCCAGUUUAACAUGACAGCCCUUCUUCCACCAUACUGCAAUUCAUUCUCAGAUCUAGUCUAGAACAGCGAUCUAUAAUUCUAACAUAGAUUUUUCAAAAUGAAAACUUCACAUUUGAAGUCUGAUGUCAAAGAAUAUCAUCGAAAACUUCAGUUAUUCUAGGCUAUGGAUCAUAAAAUAAUUACAUACUAGAAGAACUAUGUGGUCCUCAUGAUCUGCAAUAAUUCCACUUCAAUAAAAGAAUCUGAUGUGAAUUUAUGGGUCGUGUUUUUGAAGAUCAUUUGAUAAUUUACUUGUGCAGGUGUCAAAGGAGUUCUCAAUGCCCCAUGUGUUGGCAGCCUAUCACCCUGAAAGAUCCAAUCAGCCAGGAGUUGCUUGAGGCUGUUGAAAAUGAAAGGAGUUUUAGGGUCAAUCCGUCUAGAAAUGCAACCAUAUUCCAUCAUCCGAAUUUGGGGGAUUUCGACCUACAUCUGCCUGUAGGGGCAAAUGAAGCUGAGCUUGAGGAGCGCAUAAUGCAGCAAUUGGCUGCUGCAAUGGGGCGAGCACGUCACAUUGCAAGAAGGGAAGGUCCGAGGAAUAGGUCAUCUGCUCAAGCUUAUCCGCAGUUCUUGGUAGUUUCAUCUCAUCCGAACGCUACCCCUACUGGUCUUUUAUCUUCAUCAUCCCCAACUCAGAGAGAAGGUGAGCCAGCCCCUGCAAACACGGUUCGCACUCCAUCCUCUCCGGAGAGAACCAUGGGGGAAGAAUCUUCAGCAUCAAUUACUCCUAUACCUUCUGCCCAAGCUGAGCGACAGUUAGCCUCGGCAUCUGGCUCCAGUGUUCUUUUGGUCAGUGAUCAAGGGAAUUCCUUGAACAAGACGUCUCCUAAUCAAUCUCCUAAUAGUCAUGAUAGAGCAGGACCUUCAGAAUUCCAGUCAUUUUCAGAAUCUCUAAAAUCGAAGUUUAAUGCUGCUUCAAUGAGAUACAAGGAGUCGAUUUCGAAGAGUGCAAGGGGGUGGAAAGAGAGGUUUUUCUCUCGCGACACUUCCAUGUCAGAUCUUGGCUCUCAAGUUAAGAGAGAGGUUAAUGCAGGCAUUGCGACAGUCUCACGUAUGAUGGAGCGUUUAGAAACCAGAGAGAAUAGAACAAGCACAGCUACUGUAUCAAACAGUUCGGAAGACAGGUUUAACCUGGAAUCAAAUAGUCGACAGAUUUCCGAUGCUGGUGGAGAAACUCCUUUGACUGAAACCAGUGCACGAGCUUCACGUGCCACAAGUUCUGCUUCCAAAUAAGCUUUGUAUUCGUAUCAGCAUCACCCAACAAUGUUUUAAGAUCAAAAGGUAUGGAUGUUUGGGAGACAUAUGAAGAAACCAGUUGGUGACUGAGAACUG